GAAGCGAAAUACCUCACGCUCGCGGGAGGAAGAGAGAAAGUGUGUGUGCUAGUAUUGAUUGGAAGGGCGAUGGCGGUGUCGCGUCAGGGAGGAAGAGGAAGUGGGGAGCUUUUCCUUUUUCACAAGGCGGAAUCCACAGCGUAGGGAUGAUCCGCUAAAACAGCUGUGUAUGAAUAUGAAGCAUUUACGACUCUGUCCGUGUCGGCGACGGCGUUCACGUCACCGUCUUCGCGACGAGCUUUUUCCGCGCCGGAAUCAUUCGCUGGGAGCAUCACACGGCAACAGAGGGGGCUGAUCGGAUUGCGAAAUCAAUGAAGCAGGGAAGAAGGUUUUACCCUCGUGGGAGAUGAAGUGUGGAUGCAGAAAGCCAGGUGCAAAUUUCUUUCCAGGGUGCGGAGCCACAAACUCAUGGAUCCGGUGGGCUAGUGUGUCGCGUGGGAGGCGAGGUGUAUUUCCUGGAGCACUGUUCCCCUGAGCCCUUUGACCGUCGACAGAGCAGGAGAUGUGGCAUCGAAGCAUGCGUCCUUUUGGUGCGCGCGGCCCCACAUGGCACAGUUUACCGUUUUUUGUGGUGUAUAUGAGGUACGGCCGUCGACGUCAACAGAAACGACCCAUCGGAGGUCCCUCGCCCACUCGAUCGCUCCCUCCAUGAAGUGGGCGCUCGGAUCCUCUUCGCCCUUUCUUGGCCCCCACUUCCGUUGUACGAUGCAAAAGAAAAGGUUGCAUCAAGUGUUCGCAUGGUGCCUGCCGAGGUGUCCACAGCAGGAUCGGUUAUGGAGCUUUUGUGCAAGCAAGUAACCGAGAGGGAGCCGUGCAGGUCCGAGUCAGAGAAUGUCAGCAUGUGAUGAUGGAGAGCAUAGUCUGGCUUUGCAACUAGUGGCUGAGAAGCGAAUUAUUUUGAGUCGGAUGCUUUGGAGGCCGCUUUUAUCCUUGCUCGUGUUGCUAUUCUUAUUUCGAGGCAUGUUUCAGAUUCAGCCUGUGAUGCCUCUGUUCAUGGACGACCCUCAGUUUAUGCAAUUGAUUAGUUCCGUGCCCCGAAUUUUGAGACUCUGCUGUUCAUAUCGCCUCCCUGUUCUUGACCACACUUCAAGUUUAGUGAGCAAUCUCGGUGCAAGGCACUUGUUGGGUCAAUCCUUCGGUCGAGUGUUCUCAAGGCUUCACAUAUUUGCGAAGGAUUUGCGUGAGAGAGUGUGAGGAUGGCAAGCCUUAACAGCCACCAAGAGAAGUUCGUCGGCUCGAAGUUACACCAUAGCUCCAGCAGCUAUUCCAGAGCGUCAGAGUUAGCAGCAAGCAAGAUUAUCCAUAAGCGCAGGAGAGCUUCACGCAGGACGCCUACCACGAUUCUGAAAACAAGCUGCCAGGAGUUCAGAGAGGCAGUGCAGAAGCUGACAGGGUUUCAUCGUCCAACAAUGACAACCUCCUCCAAGACGUCGCAACCCAAGAUACCAAGCUACGAACACGAUGUCAAUCCCCGUCAGGUCAACUGCGAGGAUGACACUCAAGUCCCACUUCAAGUGCACAGCUCCUCGCAAAGUGUGCCAUCGGAUCUAACCUUGGAACUUCCGGACGCCAAUUUUUUUCAACAGUUUUUGCGAUGCAACAUGGACUCCACUAGCCCUGGCACGCAUGAAGAUCGCAGCAAAUUCGAUGCUUCGGUUCCCAGUUUACGAGGAGCUCGAUUCCCAACUUUUGCAAACAUGCCACCGGGCAUGAGAGCGGUGUAUCGUCAGCCAGUCCCUCCGCCAGUCCCUCCUGAUGGCCCCUUCGGCCCGUCGGGCCUGCCCCUUAUGCCAUCACUGUGGGACAUACUCGGCAGUGAUUUCAUGAGCUCCUUGGCUAAGCUUCAAGAUCCUGGUCUGGCUCCAAAUCCUUACCUGAUUGCGCUGGAGAAUCAGUUGCUGGCCAAAUUCGCUCGGCGCAUGCAAUUGCCCACAUCUAAUCCUUCGGACCCAUGGUACCCCAUGGACUACAUGCCUCCAAUGAGAGCGUGAGCGCAAUCUGUUCCAAUUCGAUCCCCAAACAUCCCGAAGUUUUACUACUCCACAUGUAAGUAACCGAGUGCUAGAGAUGAAAUAGCACCAUUUUCUGCAGAUGCUGGAGUAACCGUAAGGUGGACCUUGGAAGGUGUGUUAGUGUACACCUUCCUUCUACACAUGUACAAAUUCGAUGUCUGCAACUCUGAAAUUCAUAGACACCCGAUUCGAUGAUCGGGUUGUAGAGUUAAGGUUGUCGAUUCUACAUAUCGACCAAGGUCAUAAUGUGAAGAAUCAAGGUGAGAGGUCCUGUGUUAUUUGGCCCUAGUGAGUCUCAAGCUCUGAUGAGACCCAUUAACUUGACUCGCACCCCAAGAGUGUGGAUGUAGUUGGACCCAAAGUAUGUAUAGUUGUUGCAAGCGUGUGCUCUGUGAACAUACCGAUCAACAACGUAUUAAUCUAGUUAGCUCGUCUUUGUAUGUCCCUUGAUAUUCGAGUAUCUAGUGGAGGAGAACGAUUCGAACGCUGUUUCAUGUCGUCUGGCUCUGUGGACGAAAGCCUGGUCGUGGAAAAAGUUCUACAGCUUGGGUUCGGUUUUGUUCUGGGCAUGCCCAUUGUACGCCAUUGUUGACAACUACUGUAAAACUUGGUUCACUGUUUUGUAGUGACAACUCUUACCCGUGA